UUCGCAGUGACAUCUGAACAGCGGCGUCAUGAUAGCGCUUGUACUAAUUACAUUAUCUGUUAUUUGUUUCCUCGUUUACUAUGUUUCAAUACGUGAAUUCGAUUACUGGGCAAAAAGGAAUAUACCUUACAUAAAGCCCUCGCCUUUUGUUGGUAAUUAUGGUGAAUAUAUAUGCCUUAGAAAAUUUAUGGGCCAUGCCGCGCAGGAAAUUUGCCAGAAGUUUCCCAACUCACCAUACGUGGGAGCUUUCUAUGGAUGUAAACCAACUCUUAUGGUUCAGGAUCCUGAUAUAAUAAAACUGGUUAUGACAAAGGAUUUUUACUACUUCAGCAGCAGGGAGAUAGCAGACUACGUUCACAAAGAGCUCAUUACCAGAAACUUAUUCUUCAGUUAUGGAGACAAAUGGAAAUUGCUGCGGCAAAAUCUAUCACCGAUGUUCUCAUUAUCGAAAUUAAAAAAUAUGUUCAAUUUGAUAGAGAAAUGUACCCAUGAGUUCGAAAGCUUGCUAGAUUACGAAUGCCGUAAGAACAACGUUAUAAGAGUGAGAACUCUUAUGUCAAGGUACACAAUGGAUUGCAUCGGAGAAUGUAUCUUCGGUGUCAAUACGAAAACUAUGGAGAGGAACUCGGAGAACAAUCCAUUUACUAUAAUGGGAGAUCUUCUAUUUCAUGACACAAAGUACAGUGGGUUCAAGCAAAUAGCGCGAUCAGUCUGGCCUUCCGUGUUCUACGGUAUUGGCAUGAAAAACUUUUCUGACGAUAUCGUUAAAUUUUUUUACAAAUUAAUGAUAGAUGUAUUCGCUGGUAGAGAAUACAAGCCAUCGUCUAGAAAUGACUUUAUGGACCUUAUUUUAAAUAUGAAACACAACAAAUAUAUAAGUUGUGAUAGUCUAAAAUCUUCUAAAGGUGGAGAAAGGAAGAUAAGCCAGAAAGCUGAUGAUGAAUUCUUAGUGUCCCAGUGUAUAGGCAUAUUUGCAGCCGGUUACGAGACGUCAGCAACGACAUUGCAUUAUGCGUUGUAUGAACUUGCAAAAAAUCAAGAGAUACAAACAAAAGUGGUACAGGAAAUAGACGAUUAUUUACAACGAAACAAUAAUAAGAUUGGCUUCGAAUGCACUACAGAAUUACCGUUUCUUGAGGCUUGUAUUGAUGAAACGCUACGACGGUAUCCAGUUCUCAGCGUUAUCACCCGCGAAGUUAGUGAACAGUACACACUGCCAUGUGGUGCAGUGUUAGAUAAAGGAGUGCGAGUCCAUAUACCGGUGUAUCAUUUGCAUCAUAAUCCUAAAUAUUUCCCAGAUCCUGAAGAGUUUCGCCCUAACAGAUUCUUAGGUGACGCAAAACGUGAUAUUAAACAGUAUGUCUAUUUACCAUUCGGCGAAGGACCUCGUAUUUGCUUAGGCAUGCGCUUCUCAAGAAUACAGAUUAUUCCCGGCAUAAUUACGAUUCUGAAGAAGUACCGUAUGGAGUUAGCUGAUGACGUACCACUUAAGUUAGAGCUUAAAUCGACCACGCUUGUAACACAACCCAUACAAGAGAUCAAGUUGAGAUUCGUUGAACGAGAAGAUUGGGUCGACCGGCAAUUAAAAUACGCAGAGGGUAAUAAAAUCUCGCCAGUACACGACCUAACCAUGAUCGGGACGGUAUUGUUAUUUGCAUCCGUACUUUUGAUAUAUUACGCACUCAAAGUAAGGGGCAAUUAUUGGAGAAAAAGAAAAAUACCAUAUGCCAAACCCACGCCUCUUCUGGGAAAUUAUGGUGAAUAUAUACUUAUGAAGAGAUCUUUUGGUGAAGUAGCACAGAAAAUAUGUAAUCAAUUCCCCGAUGCGCCUUACUUCGGCGCUUUCUACGGAACCGAACCGACGCUCAUGGUUCAAGACCCGAAGAUAAUAAAACAAAUAAUGACCAAAGAUUUCUAUUACUGCAGCGGUAGGGAGAUCUCGAAUUAUUGCGACAAUGAAAUCUUCACUCAAAAUCUAUUCUUCACUUACGGCGACAAAUGGAAGGUGUUACGACAAAAUUUAACGCCGCUAUUCUCAUCAGCAAAAAUGAAGAACAUGUUUUAUUUGAUCGAAAAUAGCUGUCACGGAUUAGAGAGAAUGCUUGAUAAUGAAUUUGAUAACAAUCAGCUGGUACAAAUUAGAACACUAUUCGCUAGAUACACCAUGGACAGUAUUGGUACAUGUGCGUUUGGUAUUAACACGAAAACAAUGGAAGGAGAUUCCAAAGAUAAUCCCUUCACUUACAUGGGGAAAACUUUAUUUUUAGAGACUUAUUACAGAGGCUUUAAACUUAUAACACGAGCUAUUUGGCCGGCAUUGUUUUAUGGUCUCGGAAUGAAGAGCUUUCCAACAGAGGUGGAUAGAUUCUUCCACAAACUAAUGACUAAUGUGUUUGCCGGACGCAAUUACAAGCCGUCGCUGAGGAAUGACUUUGUCGAUUUAGUGUUGAAAUUCAACGACCAGAAAUACAUUGUUGGCGACAAACUAUCAAACAUGAAAGGUGACGAAAAAAGAAUAAAAAUGAAAGUAGAUGACGACUUUCUCGUGUCUCAGUGUGUAUUAAUCUUUGCGGGUGGUUUUGAGACGACUUCUACGACAUUACAAUAUUUCAUGUACGAACUUGCAAAGCAUCCAGUAGCUCAAAAUAAAGUCAUCGAAGAAGUGGACGAGUAUUUGAGACGACAGAACAACAAAUUGGAAUAUGAGUGUAUCACAGAAAUGCCGUACGUGGAAGCAUGUAUUAAUGAAACCCUGCGUUUGUACCCGGUGUUUGCGGUUUUAACACGUGAAUUGGCGGAAAAAUACACUCUUCCGUGCGGCGCGGUGCUGGACAAGGGGGUGCGCAUCCAUAUCCCGGUGUACCACCUACAUCACCAUCCUGAUCACUUCCCGGAACCAGAGGAGUACCGUCCAGAGAGAUUCUAUGGUGAUCAGCAGCAAAAUAUCAAACCGUACACUUAUCUGCCGUUUGGAGAAGGGCCUCGGAUUUGUAUAGGCAUGCGUUUCGCGAAGAUGCAAAUGAUGGCCGGCAUCAUAACGUUCUUCAAUAAGUACCGCGUGGAGCUGCCUGAAGGCACGCCACGAAAGCUGCAGUUUGGAGCAACGACCAUUGUAAAUCAACCUAGAGAGAUGAUCAAGCUUAAACUUGUACGCAGGGAAGGCUGGGAACAACGGACAUUAGCCUAAAUGGUUUUGGAAGUUCUAGUUAAAAAAAAAAAACUAUAUUAGAGCACAGACAACAUAAUGUCUACUUUAGUCGAAAUCACCGUGACUGCUCACAAAAAUUUUAAUAUUAGAUCAAUUAUAAUUUAGCUAAAAAUUGUCAACAUCUUAGAGUUUUAUGCACGUUAUGUAAUGUAUAAUUAUUUAUUAUACAAUGUACACGUAAAAUGCAA